CUUUGACCUUAAGACCGUUGCAUGAAAAGGGGUGGGGCACCAUAUCUACCACGUACAUGCACAUGGCUCAGGUUCUAAGAGGAGCUCCUGCCUGUUUGCAAACAUUAUCAGUGGACUGGCUAGGUAUAUUAUAGCUUGGAAGGUGUGUGGAAAUGGCUGGAGCCAAGAGUGAUGAUGCGGACAUGAAGAAUGAGGUUGCACGGUUUUGGAAGCACUUGAACAAGCUGCAUUCUGAACACCCGAAAGAUUACGACAAAUUCAUCUCUAAGACAUUAGACGAUGGGAAAGAGUUGUUUGAAGCUCCUCAACCAGUCUACUGUCUUAAGAUAGCCAUUGCGCAAAAAUACAACUGCAGUCGGCUGUAUCUCAACGUAUGCCAGUGGGACAAAUUACCUCAUCCAAAGUCCGAUACUGAUCCGGUCCCAGUAAAGGGGGGCGUGCUACGUCACAAGAUGGACAAAGUGUCCAAUAAAAAAACCAAUGAGCUCAUUUAUGACAUUGCCUUCAACCCAAAAGUUAUAGCUGAAAUUAGCACUUCUCAGGAACUGCAGGAAAUGCUAAAUCGACUAUGCUUUGACUACCUGAAGGAUAUUGUUGAGAUCACUGUUACUGACAAACUAAGCUACACAAAGCUGAAGAAAAAGUUUACUGGUCCCAAGGAGGUCAUACAAUACUCGUUGGAUGAGAACUGGAAAUAUCGAUUUCCUCAAGAAUCCAGGGCAGACUUUGGAGAGUCUAUUCUCAAGGAGAUAGGAAAGCUCAACUUAGCGGAAGAGCAACAAGACUUGCCUGAUGAAUCACAACUUCCCACACUUAAAUUACGACCGGACUCUACACCAUCCAACCAAACCAAGUCCAAACUAAUUGAGGAGAUAAGCUCUACCCCUGUUCCGGCUGUGUGUGAGCCAGGCUACACCUUGACAGUGAGAGAGAUGGAGGGGGGACUAGGCAGAGCAGUGUGUGCUGUGGUGACUCUUCCAGGGGUGAAGUCAGUGACGGACAUUGCUCUGGAUGUAUCCAAGGAGAAUCUGUCUCUGAGUGUGGAGGGUCUUUACGAGCUGUCGGUCAAGCUGCCUGCACUCGUCAGUGAGGAGAAAACCAAAGCUGCUUUCAAGUCCAAGACUGGAACACUUUCAAUCACUAUGCCAUGCUUAUAACUGUAACUCUUCAAUGCCUAUAAUUUAUGUCAAGAGUAUAUAUAAGAGUUACGUAUACUCUUAUCUACUCUUGUUUAUAUACAUGUACUAUAAGUUUUAAAGUAUGAAGUAUUUAUGUGCAACUCGUCUAUAAUUAUUAUAUUUAUUAUAGUAAA